AUGCUCUUCGCUGCACGCCGUUUCGUCGCCCGCGCACCUGCUGCUCUGCGCGUGGCUCCCACGCCCGUCUCGUCCGCCUCGCGACUCUUUGCCUCGUCAGCGCUCCGCUCUGCUGCUGGCCCACCCGUCAUCCAGGGUGAGGGUGCCAAGGAUGGAGAGAUGCCCACCGACGAGCAGCAGGCUACCGGUCUCGAGCGCUUCGAGCUGCUCGGCAAGCUCAAGGGCGUCGACGUGUUCGACAUGGAGCCGCUCCAGAUGACCCACCUCGGCACCACGGACAACCCCAUCAAGAUCCAGAGCUUCUGGCCCAGCCGCAUCGUCGGCUGCACUGGCUACCCCGCCGACUCGCACGACACCAUCUACCUCCACCUCAACAACCAGCUCAAGCACCACCGAUGCCCCGAGUGUGGCAGUGUCUACCAGAUGGAGUUCGAGGGCGACGAGCACGCUGGCCACCAUUAA